AUUCUAUAUCUGUUUUUGUGUUGGUGCAGACAUCAUUUUGGUGACCGUGGCGAUCAAUACUAUUCGAUGAUAGGAUAAAUAAGCUAAAACAUAACAGAUCGCUUGUUGAAUUUAUUGUUUUAAUCAGCUUGAUAGAUUUUGCAACAGAAAAUGUCAUUUAGAUAGAAAUUAGAUGGAUCCAUAAUAUAUCCAAUUCGUGAAUUUCGUGUCAAAAUAUUAAAAGGAAUGAAAAAUAGAUGGAGAAUUUAAAAGAAAAUUUGCAAAUUCUAAUCGAAGAUUAUAAUAAUGAAAGAGAACAUCAACGUAUAGAAAAACGAGAAUUAAAUGGUGAAUUGAUUGCCGAAGGAGGGCUUCUUUUAUAUUGGUCGGUUAACAAGCCAUUAUACUUAAAGCAAACAGAUCGAAAUAAUGAACCUGUAAAUUCAAGAAAUAGCUAUCACUUCGACAAUACUUCUAGGCACGCUAAAGCUGAAUUUAGGAGACGUCUCUCUAUGAUAAACGGUCAUUUAUACGAAGCUGAUACAAGCAUUUUCACCCCAUCGCCCGAUGAUCAUACAAGAGUACAGAUUACUAGCCUAUUAACAACAGUAGACGUCAUUACAUUGCUCUGUAAUAAAUUCCAGAUUAUAAAUGAUGUCUCGGAUUUCUGCAUAUGUAUUAGACGUUCAAGCGGAGAAACGUUUGUACUAAACGACGAUAGUUAUCCAUUGAUUGAGUGGCUAAAAUUCUCAGCAGAUAAAAACGAAUAUAGAACUAUAGUGAUGAAUAAUCUAGAUAAGUUGAAAGACGAUGAGACCGUUAAGCGUUAUUCAUGCCUACCAGAGCCAGCAUUACAAAGUAUCCUUAAACAGUUUAAAAUAGAAUACGACGCCGACAGAAAUAAAGUAAAAAAUCGCUUUGAACGUUACAGAAGAAUAUUAGAGGAACGUAUCUCUGAAAUUUCUACAGAUCUAUAA